UGCAUGUGAUGCAUUUGUAGCUUUCGAAACCAGUGCUCGCUCCGACGUCUGUGUAGGCACUACAACCUCACACUGCACCUCUCUAUGGAUCUACAUUCACAUUUCCCGGAUUCAGCUCGACGAUAGGAAGUCGGUGUGGGAUACUGGUGAUAGGAUGGUCCAAAGAUCGACUAGAUAGGAACGCGCAUGGUAUUCCAGCAUGGUGGUGGUGAGCCUCUGGUGAGGCGAGGCAUCGCUGCCAAUGCCAAGCUCUCCGACUCGGAUCCUACUAUAGUACUAGUUGAGGGCCCACAUCGGGAAGGUCGUGCAUCCUGCGGGGAGGUGUUGCUCGCCAUCACCGGCUCCUUAUCUUUCUAUUCACUUGAGGCGUUUCUUGCCCUAGGACGUUUGGGUAGCUAGGUGUUCGCUGGCCGUGUUAGCUCCUUCGAGUACAUCGACAUUCAUACAUAGCUUUCUGCUUUUACUAGUACCCCAUGAUCAGUAGUAGUAACGCACGGGCUUGUGAACUUCUCGUAUAAUCCCAAUACUAGCACUUCAGAGGCGUGUUUCCCACAUCAGCAUACUCUCAGUUACUCUCACCGUCAUCAAUGGCUGUGGUACUGUUAUCGUCCGUCUCCCAUUCGCCACCGUCAUCAUUCCCCUCACCUUCGUUUCCAUCGUGGUUGUGGUUGUGGUUGGC